AGUCGCAUAUAUCAAGGUCAAGACUCAAAGGAAAGGAUGGAGAACUGUCUGCGCAUGGCUUGGCAACUCACGCUCAAAGAGAUCAGUGAAGGGUGCAACAACAAAAAUUUCGUGAUGUCUCCAAUGUCAAUCAUCAGCGCAUUGAGCAUUCUGGCUUUUGGUUCACGAGGUCGCACGUUGGAGCAAUUGCUGGACUACCUUGAAGCAAAGGACAUUGAUGAUCUCAAAGCCAAGGUCUCUCUAAUGAUGUCUGCUGGUGCACCCGUUGAGAACACCAACAACAACACCAAUGAAGGUCUGAUUCUGUCUUCUCUUAACGGAGUUUGGAUUGAUCAGCGUUUCCCUAUGAAACCCUCCUUCAAGAAGAUUGCCGAAACCGUUUUCGGAGCAGAAACAAACGCUGUGGACUUUGUGAAUGAGGCUGAGAUAGUAACGAAUAAAGUGAACUUAUGGGCUAAGAAUGCGACAAAGGGACUCAUCGAAAAGGUUCUCCCACCUGACACUAUUAACCAUAAAACAGUAUUCAUCCUUGCCAAUGCACUCUACUUCAAGGGAGCUUGGUUAAAUGCUUUUGAUGCGAAAUUGACUCGACAUAAAUAUUUUUAUCCCCAUGAUGGAGAACCAAUUCAAGUUCCCUUUAUGAACGGAGACACAAAGGAGAAACAUUUUUAUGGAUGCUUUAAGGAUUUUAAGGUUCUUAAGAUCCCAUAUCAUGGAGGACAAGACAAUAGGCAAUUCUCUAUGUAUGUUUUCCUCCCCAACAUGAUAGAUGGGUUACAAGAUCUAAUUCAAAAGUUCAAUUCCUCCCCAAAGUUAUUAGAUAAUUGCUUCAAACUAAAAGAAGUAUAUCUCUCCAAGAUGUUGAUUCCAAAGUUUAAGUUUUCAUACGAGUUUGAAGCUUCAGAAAUCAUAAAACAUCUAGAAUUGACCUUGCCUUUUGAUACGAUGGUUGCAGACUUCACAGAAAUGAUUGAUUAUUCUCUUGAAAGUGACAAAGUUUUCGUAUCCAAAAUUUUUCAAAAAUCUUGUAUUGAAGUCAAUGAGGAAGGUACAGAGGCUGCUGCUGUUACUUGUGUCUCUGCUUGUACAUGGUAUUCAGUUUCACCCUCACCUCCACGACCAAGUUUUGUGGCAAACCAUCCAUUCAUCUUCAUGGUUAGAGAAGAGAUAUCUGGGAUCAUAUUCUUUGUUGGAGUUGUACUUAACCCCCUUUUAGGAUAAUUGAUAUUUGUUUGUGUUAAGGGGCUUAUUAUAUUGAAUCUCCUCAAAUUUAAUUUUAUUUGGAUUUGUAAGUUCAAAUUUUAGAUACAUUAUUU